CCGCCGGCGGUCACCGCGCAGCACCGCUCUCCCAGCGCUCCGCUCUGCGCACCUUCAGCGCUCCGCUCUGCGCACCUCCAGCGCUCCGCUCUGCGCACCUCCAGCGCUCCGCUCCGCUCACCUUCAGCGCUCCGCUCUGCGCACCUUCAGCGCUCCGCUCUGCGCAGUGCGCACCUUCAGCGCUCCGCUCUGCGGACCUCCAGCCGCAGAGGAUCCCCACCGAGAGGACAGGUUGCCAUGGGAACCGACCGCUGCUGCUGCGGACGCCUGAGCAACACGCAGGGAACACUCGCCAUCGCCAUAGCCUCUGCGGUGAUCUCGGGCCUGGCGUUUAUCGGGUUUGCUGCGCGGCUCAUCCAGCUUCAUGUCCAGGAGCUGCCGGAGUUAGGGCUGAACACGACAGAACUACUCCGGCUGCUACCACUCGAGGGGGAGCCGACCCUCGACCAGGAGGACCUGAGGCUAAUACUGAGCGAGCCGACCAGAGAUGAAAUAAUCAUCAUCGGCUCGCUGCUCGGCGUCUCGCUGGUGUCGCUGCUGGUGGCCGUGCUGCUGAUGGUCGCCGUCAGAAAGACGAACCGGUACCUGGCUCUGCCGUUUAUGAUCUGGACCAUCCUGUGCACGGCUGCGGCGGGCCUGUUCGGCGUCUCGCUGCUGGUGGCGUUCCCGGCCGUGCGCGCCCAGCUGCGGCACCACCCGCCGGCGGCUGUCACCGGACACAUCGUCACUGGACUCGUGCUGCCGUUCGUCUUCAUCGUCAUCAUGUUCAAACUCUACACCUGGUGGCUGAUCGUGGUGUUCGACUUCUACAACCGGAUCAGGUUCGCGCGCGGCGGACCGCCCUUCGAGGCCGUCCCGAUGCAGAGCGCCUGAGGGAGGACCGCCCGGCCGGACUGCUGCAGAGCGCCUGAGGGAGGCUGGCCCGGCCGGCCGGACCGUUGCUGAGGUUCUGAGGGAUGCUGGCCCGGCCGGCUGCUGAGGUUCUGAGGGAUGUCCGCCCGUCCUGAUGCUGAGGUUCCGAGGGAUGUCCGCCCAGCCUGCUGCUGAGGUUCUGAGGGAUGCUGGCCCGGCCGGACCGCUGCAGAGCGCCUGAGGGAUACUGGCCCGCCCGGCCGGCUGCUGAGGUUCUGAGGGAUGCCCGCCCGGCCGGCUGCUGAGGUUCUGAGGGAUGUCCGCCCGGCCGGCUGCUGAGGUUCUGAGGGAUGCUGGCCCGGCCGGACCGCUGCUAAGGUUCUGAGGGAUGUCCGCCCGGCCGACUGCAUGGGGUCUAAGCAGGAGUAGCCAGUAACAGUUGGUAGCAUUAGGCCAAAUGGGCGCUCAAAAACUACUACCCCAUAGGGUUCCCAUGUUCAAUCGACCUCUUUCAAGCGAGCCUCACACGUAAGCCAAAAGAGAAAGCGCCAAUUUUAUUGCGGGGAAAGGUAGCCGCAAGCUUUCCCUACAACCUUUUUAUCUAGCCUUUUCGAUGCAGACGCCAUAACAGGUCCAAAAAGCAUUGGGCGCUGCCCGAUGUACCGAAAACACCUCCUGAGAGCAUAAGUUCUUGCGCAUGCGCAUAUUGCCUCAGCCCUGUACUGGCGUAAAUUACUGAUACUGCUCACGGACUCAAUCAGCCAAUCGGCGUCCCGGCUUACAUGAAUAGAUGUCGCUAGCGUCACGUAAAUCCUGCUUGUGAACACGUUUUAAAAGAAUGGAGCAGCUGCGCCAUUUCUGCCUUCCAAUAGUCGCGUUUACACGGCAUUUUUGACGAGGCUCGUUUAUUUGGCGAUCAUUACGAUUCAGUGGUCUUCAGACAUAUGGAGAGGAUCAUUUUGUAAAUUGUUAAGCACCAUUGGCAUCUUUUGCAACAUCCCGGACGGAGACAUAAGCUUGCAACGAACCCUAUGUAAACGCGUCUAUUGAUUCCUUCCAUCUUAGUAUCAACUAUACCCUUUUCUAUUAACUUUAGACUAAGUUUUCUGGUACAUAUGAUUUAAACAUAAGUGCUUUAUGAAUUUGGCUUUACUCGUCAGGAGGAAAUAUUCUAUUUUUCCAUACCUAUUCAAAAAAUAUAUCACCUACCCAAUAACUUAUCCGGGUAAAAUGGGCGCUUUCCGCGUCGUUGGCGUACCCGUUGUUCUAUAUACCCUGGUUCUGAGGGAUGUCCGCCCGCAGAACCGCUUUUCGAUACUGUCCGCCCGCAGGACCGCUCUUCGAGACUGUCCUACUGCAGAGCGCAGAGCCUUCUAGAUAUUUCAUAUGCAAGAUAUUACCACAAAAAUUACCCGACGUUUCGUUUAUUAUAACUUUUGCAAGGGUAAUUACCCUUGAAAAAAGUUUUAAUAAACGAAACGUCGGGUAAUUUUAGUUGUAAUCUUGCAUACUUAUGAAAUAAUUGUCACAUUAUAUCCCAGCCUUCUAGAUAGUUUGUAACCUAACACAAUUCAUUCACCGGUGGAGUUUUAUUACACGUACGGGUAGGGACUCAAUCCUCAAAUAGUGUCUUCAUGCCCUUUCCUCGAGUAUCCAACUAUCGUGUUCUUACGAAGAUAUACUAACAGAAGGAUAUACCUUCCUACUGAAACGGGGAGAAGUGCGCAUUUUACCACUUUGCCAGCGCGCGGCCACACAGCUGGUGGGAGGGGAAACUGAGGCGGCGCGCCUGAUCCCCGGUCAGCGUGCGAGAAUGUCGUCCACAAGUUAAGAGUACAUAUAUGACGAAUGCUAGACUCUGGCGUUGUAGGGAAUACACUAUGCUGCUCUGAUUGUGUGAA